AUGUUCAGUGGUGGAAAUGCUUUCAAAUAUCUGCUUACUUACAGGUUCUCACAGGAUCACAUUGAACUCUUAUUUUCGUGUAUAAGAGCACAGGGUGGCUGGAACAAUAAUCCGAACUGCCUACAACUGAAGUAUGCAAUGAGGAAAAUGCUGUUGAGGAACACAAUCACAGCCUCAAGAAAUACCAACUGCCUGACAAUUUCUGAUUCCACAACAACAAUUAUCCCAUUCUUUCACUCCCAGAAACACAAAGCACCUUUAAAAGAAACUCCAACAGAUAACCUGGACGAACCUGAAAGCAGUCCUAAAGAAGACCUACUCUGCAGUCACUUAAAUUCACCCGGUACAUCCGAAUUUCUGUCCAACAUCCUGUUUUACAUCAGUGGUUACAUUGUUUUCAAACUGGUCAAAAAACUAUCGUGUGAAUCAUGCAAGCGAUGUCUACUUUCUCACUUCAACUCUGAAACUUCAGACCAUGAUUACUGUGCUAUGAAUUACAGUCAAAUUGCACCUGCAUCAGCAUUCACAUUAUUUGUGAACAAUGGUGGCCUAAAAAUACCGUCACAGUCUGUUUACAACAUUAUUGAAUUUGCUGAAAAAUUAUUUAAAGUAAAUGUUUGCAAAGAUGGCCACAAAAUUUCAAGAGAAAACAAGUUAAAGCAGAAGCUGGUUCUGAGUGUGUGCAACCAUUUUGUAAUGGAUUCAACCAACCAAAUUUUCCAAGAUCACGAUCAGGGAUCGCAAGACAAUUCACUUGAAGAAAAUCACCGGUCAUCCCUUAUCAAGUUAACGGCAGAAAGAUACUUUACCUUGAGACUCUACACUUACGGCAAACGAUACAACGACAAG